AGACCAUAAUACCCAGCAUCCCCUGCUUUUGCCUGUUCACCGGAAAAGGAAAGCUGACGGAUUAAUAUUUACAAAAUCUCGAAGCAGCAGGACCGAUUUCUUUCUUUCUUUCCUUCCCUGCAGUCGGAUUAUCAUCAGUAACGUUAGUGUGUAACUGCUGCACUAAUCCGUGUUUAUUCAGGCCGCACUGGACCCGCGCAGACUCGCUGCAGAUGAAGUGACAGAUGGAAGCUGCGCCGCAACAGAUGGCGGGUUCGUUCGAUCUGAUCUGCGGAUAAAAACAAAACGGGACUCUCGAGGAAAUUAAUAAUAUUAACAACAACAAUAAAAAUAAUAAAAAGCCCAGAGAGAAUCCGGGCGUCAUGGUGGACAACCGCUCGGCCACGGCGCUGGUGAUCGCGUGCGUGCUGAGCGCGCUGGCCACGGUCUACCUGUCUGUGGCGGUGGGCACGCGCCACUGGUACCAGUACACCAGCCCGCAGGUGCGUCACGAGCACAACGCGACCGAGCUGCGCGCGCUGCACCAGGAGCUCGGCGACGGAGGCUUCGACGAGAAGACCGCGAGCGACGCGCUGUUCCGCCUCAACGGCACCGUCGGCCUGUGGUGGAGCUGCGUGCGCGUGCCCGCCGACCGCACCCGCUGGUACCGAGAGCCAGAUCCCGAGAUGGCCACAGAGUGUGUGAGCUUCACACUAUCUCAGCAGUUCACACCCAAAUACACAGAGCCGGGCAACCACAACAGCGGAGAGGACAUGAUACGCACCUAUCUGUGGAGGUGUCAGUUUCUCCUGCCUCUGCUCUCUCUGGGACUGGUGUUAGUGGGAGGACUGGUGGGAUUCUGUGCGUGUUUGUGUCGUAGUUUCAGUCCCACACUGGGCGUUGGACUCCUCCACCUCCUCGCCGGUGUGUGUUCUCUGGGCUGCGUGUGUUGUUUUCUGGCGGGUAUGGACCUGCUACACCGUGUCUCUGUCAUCCCGGACCAGGUGGACGGCUCUCUCGGUUGGUCCCUUUACCUUGCGCUCAUCUCCUCUCCACUGUACAUGAUGGCCGCCGCUCUACUAGUGUGGGCCGCUCGCAGCCAUAACAAGAGCUACUACAGCUUCACUGCCUACAGAGUGGCCUAGAGCACCCUUUCAUACAAUUACAGCCAGGUCUGUGUUCCAACUCACAGAAAUGCACUAAACGCACACGUACACGUCUUGCAUACUAGCAUACUACACUAGUACGUUAACAUAGAAAUAGUAAAAAUAUUUUUACACCAACAUAUGAUAUAUUUAACGGUAUGACAUUAUACUACUAGGACAUAAUACUACCAUGCGAUGGUUAGAUAAGUACAGAGUCAUAUAACCAUAAUUACAGAAUUGUUAAAGUACUGCACUAAGUAGUAUGGAGGUAGUAUACAGCCAUGGAACAAGACAACAUCCUCCUGUACAACAUAACCAAAUAACAUGGCGUAAUGUAUACUAUAAUACUAUUAUACUAAUUAGUAUCAGAAAAUAGUACUACAACUUACUACGGUAUGGAAUAGUAUGAAAAAAAGACUAGCCACCUCUGUACUGCCAUACUAAAUAAAAAUAUGGGGGUAAAACUACACCAUAAAAAUAUAGUAUGCAAUCCCACAUCCAUACUAAAUUAGUAUGAGAAGGUAUAAAAUACCUUCAUGCUCAAUAGUAUAUCAAAUUUAUAUCAGACACAUUCAGUUAUUUAUCAUACAAAAUAUUAUGGCUAGUAAGGUGGAACUCCACCACACUGCUGCACUAAAUAGUAUGGGCAGAAAACGACACCAUCCUAUAGGUAGAAUAAAAGCAAAGUUUACUACUAUACUAUUGUACUAAACAGUGUGGUGCACCACCAUACUAUUUAUUAGUACACCACUAUACUGCAUCUCAACAUCACAACAACACUCUGUAUGAAACAUCACACUCACUAUCAGCCACCAACACUCUCUAUAAACCACCAACACUGUCCAUCAAACACCAACACUUUCCAUCAAACACCAACACUCUACAUCAAACAAUAACACUCUCCAUUAAACAUCAACAUUCUCUAUCAAUCACCAACACUUUAUAAACCACCAACAGUCUCCAUCAAACGUCAGCACUCUCCACCAAACACUAACACUGUCUACCGAACACCGAAACUUUCUAUCAAACACCAAAACUCUCCAUCAAAUACCAACAGUCUCCAUCAAACACCAACAUUCUCUAUCAAACACCAACAUCCUCUAUUAAACACCAACACUUUCCAUUAAACACCAAGAUUUUUUAUCAACUACCAAUACUCUCCACCAAACACCAACACUCUGCAUCAGCAUUCUUUAUCAAACACCAACAUUUGUCUUCAAACACCAAAACUCUCUGUCAAACCCAUCAUUGGUCUAUCAGCCACCAACAUGGUCCAUCCACCACCAAUAUGCUCCAUCAAACACCAACACUCUCCAUCAAACACCAACACUCUCCAUUAAAUACCAACAAUCUCAAUCAAACACCAAAACUCUUCAUCAAACAUUAAUAACCACCAAGUUGCCACUGUUGGGCCCUUGCGCAAGGCCCUUAACCCUCAACUGCUCAGCUGUGUAAUGAGAUAAGAAAUGUAAGUUGCUCUGGAUAAGAGCGUCUGCCAAAUGUAAAUGUAAUAAUCCAUAAAAGACCGUCAAGCUUCAUUAGCCAUCUCACAAACCGACACUCUCUACCAAACACCAGCAGUCUCUACCAAACACCAACACUUUUCUUUAAAUACCAACAUUCUUUAUCAAACACUAACACUCCAUCAAACACCAACGCUCUUCAUCAAACACCAACACUUUGCAUCAAUCAUGAACCUAAUCAAACAUAAAAAGAAAUUCACCAAAUGCCAUUAAACACCAUCACCCUCCAUCAAACACCAACACUCAGUCAAACAUCACACUCUCUAUCAAACACCAGCACUUCCUUUCAGAUGCCAACACUCUUCUUUAAACACCAAACCUCUUCAUCAAACAUCAUUUUCUCCAUUAAACACCAUAAAAAUCUAUCAACUGUCAUGAAACACCAACACUUUCCAUCAAACACCAACAUUUUUCAUCAAAAACAAACGCUUUCCAUCCAACAAUAACCUUUAUUAAACACCUGAGCACUAUAUUGAACACAUUGAACACUAUCCAUUGGACACCAACAUUUCUAGAACAUCUCCAUCAAAAACUAACACCAAAAAUCUCAACCAAACACUCAUACUCCCCAUCAAUCUCACAGAAUCUCACAUUACCGAUCAGUCACAUUAAAUAUUAAGGCCAAGAUAAUGCACCACAACCACGACUGCAAUAAAUAAUAUGGUUUAUUAGCACACUGCUAUACUACAGUAUUAAAUAGUACUGCUUGUAGUAUGAUCAUAUUAAUAAUCUAAGAAACAAAAUGUGGUUUCAUUAGACUACUGAACUAAACACAGUAGAACAUCAAAACAGAACACUAAACACUAUUGGAGAAAAACCCAUACACGUUUAACCUAAGCACUGCACCGAGUGAAUGUGAGUAAUGUCCACCAUGUGCACCUAGUGUACUAUUUUGGCAAGCUAUUGAGCGUAGCAGCAUGCCGAUUGGGACGGAGCCUACUGUAAGCACGGCGUAAAAUAGCUUUCCAGAGAUUUACAGUGAAUUAGUGCACCUUUAUAAGAUAAGCGGCUGCAGGCGAGAGGGCUAUAAAGGCUGGCUGAGUGUGUGGGAGCAGAAAGUGCUGCGUGGACAUUCGCAAGACCCGAGCUUUUCCGUCCUUCAUCAUCGUCCUGACAGUUAAGCGCAAAGUGCUGCAGUGAGGUGCCAAGAUUUGGUUGAGUCAUAGAGAUUAUGAUUUUUGACGCGUUGCCAUGCCAAUACAAUACAAGAGAUAGAGGUAUAAAAUUCAUAUAUAUAUUAGUUUGGUAUGAUUUAAAAAAAAAAAUAAAUCCAUCAUGUCCAUUGAAUAUAUUUUUUCCACUUCUCUCUGCUUGCUAAGAUUUUCUAGUUUAAAAUGUUGACGCCUCUGAUCCCCAUUCAAGCAAGGCACUUUAAUGUUACACGCUUUACCUGCAUGCCUGUGUCCUGAUCAAGAAUUGUUUCCUCAGAUAAACUGUGAAGUGAGAAAUGGCACAACGUUAUAAAGAAGCACAGGAAACGCUUUUUUUUUCCAGUAACAGGGGUUGAGGAAAUUCUGACUAACACCGUUUUAAUUCCAACAGCACAAUGGUGCAGGACCAGAAGCAAGCAUGUUCAGGAAAAAAAAAAAAGUGGAAAAAUUUAUCAAUUGGCGCAUCUCUGCUCGGAAAGUUUACAUUUAUGUCAUUGCAUUAAUGUCAAGUCGAAUAAAAUGACGUAGCUAGAAAAUGUUUGCUAGUGGAAUGUCACGUCUGGUGGCGUAAUGGUUCUGCUUUCUCACCGGUGCAAACUAUUUCUGCAUCGCUGGAAGAACAAAGCUCAGCACCAUGUUUAUAGGUUUAUGAAAAUCAGGUAUAUAUUCAGGCACAGCUUUCUUUACUUUGUAUAUUAUUAUUGUUAUUAUUAUUAUUAUUGUGUCCAACUAUCUUGUAAUUUAUUUGUAUGUUGUUUUUUUUGUAUUAGUAGUA